UACUGUGGGAGUCAAUCAUAACUCAACACAUACGACUGCACAUAACAGCGAGAGCUGACACAAUUUCAGCAAAAACACGUUAACGUGACUCAUAAAUUCCCGUUGUGAUAUACAACACUCGCGCAGGUACACCCCAGAGGAACCAAUUUCAAGAAGAUGGACGGUUCAGUAAGUGUUAUUACCAAUCCCUCUGUUAAUGUGCGCCUUACAACCACCAUAUCGUCCUUUGAAGUGAAGCGACGGUUCGACAGAGGGAUUUCCAUUGCAGAACUGAAGGGCAAACUGGAAAUGGUGGUGGGUGCUCCCGCCUCGAGCAUGGACCUAGAAUUGUUCAGCACGUCAGACACGUUAUUGCAAAAGUUGGACAACGAUAACGCUUUGCUGGGCUCCUAUCCUGUUGAUGAUGACUGCAGAAUACAUGUUAUCGAUCGAAGUGGGGGCCAGUUGGGAGAAUUUACCGACGUCACCAAAGUGGAAAAGUAUGUCAUGGCGGACGAGGAUUAUGAAAAACUAACAGAUUCGGCAAGAUCCUUCAUGAAAAAGCAGUCAUUCGGUCGUUACAAUGAGGAGGAUAUGGCCAGAAAGAAAGCUGAAAGCAUCGCUCGGGAGGAGGAGCAUCGGGUGGCGGCGGAAGCUAUUUCCGUGGGCAGCCGUUGCCAAGUGCGCGUACCUGGGCAGCCAGUUAAAGUUGGGACCGUCAUGUUUGUUGGAACAACAGAUUUCAAGUCAGGCUAUUGGGUGGGAGUUAAAUAUGAUGAACCACUGGGGAAAAACGAUGGCAGCUGCGAGGGCAAGCGCUACUUUGAGUGCGGGAAGAACUAUGGUGCGUUUGUAAGGCCAUUAAGCGUGACUGUAGGAGACUUCCCAGAGGAGGAUUAUGGUUUAGAUGAAAUGUAGAAUGAUGAAAAGACACUGUUGAUAACCCGUUUUCCUUGCUUUUUUUUUUUCCAAGAAGGCGUGAACCACAAACGGUGAUCUAUAAAUUGUUUUGAACUUUUGGUUCUUCAUAUUCAUGUAAAUGCAGUAGAAUUAUUGGAGGACUAUAUUGUACAUUCUUAAUUAUGCAGGAUGGGGUUGUGCAGAAUUGUUCAUUUGACUCCCUUGUGCCUAAGCUGUAUUAGUCAUGAUACUAACCCACUACUUCAUACUGGUGUGUAUAAACCUAAACCAUGUGUUUUCUACAUACUAUAUGUGCAAAUGUGCAUGUACCAAAGGAAGAUAUUUCAAGACAAUUGUGUACAAAGCUAUUCUUCAUCCAUCAAGUUUCCAUGUUGAUAGCUGUAUUUUUUUUUUUUCCAAAUAAAUUCCUCUCGUUGAAAAUGUUUGCACUCUCAA